AUGCGCACUUUGAUAGCCAAAACGCUGCUGAAUGGAUUCCCGCAAGAUAGCAUUGCACCUUCCUCCAAGGUGCAAUGGAUUCUAUCCCGUUUGAUUACCAGACAGCCUAUAUUACCAUUGAUGGAUAAAUAUCACGUAAAAGGGAACGGCUUCACUAAGGAUAAGCCAUACGUCCCAUCAAAGUGGGACCACAACAUUACACCGAUGAUUGAUGAGAGCGUUGAGUCAAUCAGGAACAAAAAGAGACUAAGCCAACCCCAGUCGACAGAAAGAACGGAGAGAAGGAAAUACCUGCUGAAAAAGAGAAAGACAAACAUCAGGAUCUCCAAUCGAGACAACCCGAUUCACAGCCAAUGGAUAUGUCAACCACAG